ACGCGCCACCUAGUUUCCCUCUUCUUUAAUAUUACACGCGCUUUAAAGACGCGUGGAGGGAGUGGAUUUUAGCCCGAGUCCUUGUUUUCUCAGAUGACCACUGUUACAGAAAAAGCACAGUCAGUCCUCUCUUUAAAAUUUUACACUUGAAACGCCGUCGUAUCUUACCAACCUUCACGAUCUCCGGCGAAGAGGAAGUAAGAAUUAGCUCAAAAUGCAUUUCACUAAGCUUGAUGACUCUCCCAUGUUCCGCAAACAGUUACAAAGCAUGGAGGAGAGUGCAGAAAUAUUGCGGGAAAGAAGUCUCAAGUUUUACAAAGGAUGCCGGAAAUACACUGAAGGACUAGGCGAGGCAUACGAUGGGGACAUUGCUUUCGCAAGUGCACUUGAAACAUUUGGUGGAGGCCAUAAUGAUCCAAUAAGUGUGGCUUUUGGAGGACCUGUAAUGACGAAAUUUACAAUUGCGUUGCGGGAAAUUGGGACUUAUAAGGAAGUUCUUCGGUCACAGGUGGAACAUAUACUGAAUGACAGAUUACUUCAAUUUGCCAAUAUGGACUUGCAUGAAGUUAAGGAAGCUCGGAAGCGCUUUGACAAGGCUAGUCUUACCUACGACCAGGCCCGUGAGAAGUUUUUAUCUUUGAGGAAAGGUACAAAAAGUGAUGUUGCUGCUGCUUUAGAACAGGAACUUCACACUUCGAGGUCUAUGUUUGAGCAAGCUCGGUUCAACCUUGUGACUGCUCUUUCAAAUGUUGAAGCUAAAAAAAGGUUUGAAUUUUUGGAAGCAGUCAGCGGAACGAUGGAUGCACAUCUUCGGUACUUCAAACAGGGUUACGAAUUACUGCAUCAGAUGGAACCAUAUAUCAAUCAGGUCUUGACCUAUGCGCAACAAUCCAGAGAAAGAUCAAAUUAUGAACAAGCAGCACUUAAUGAAAAGAUGCAAGAGUACAAAAGACAGGUUGAUCGAGAGAGCAGGUGGGGUUCAAAUGGUUCUAAUGGAUCACCAAAUGGAGAUGGCAUACAAGCGAUCGGUAGAAGUUCUCACAAAAUGAUAGACGCCGUAAUGCAAUCUGCCGCAAGGGGAAAGGUGCAAACAAUAAGGCAAGGUUAUCUCUCUAAACGAUCAUCAAACCUGAGAGGAGACUGGAAAAGAAGGUUUUUUGUUCUUGACAGCCGGGGAAUGCUGUAUUAUUAUCGAAAACAGUGUAGCAAACCAUCUGGGUCUGGCAGCCAGCUUUCUGGACAGAGAAAUAGCUCCGAGCUUGGGUCUGGACUUCUUAGUAGGUGGCUUUCUUCGAAUAGUCAUGGACAUGGUGGUGUCCAUGAUGAGAAGUCUGUAGCUCGGCAUACAGUGAACUUACUGACCUCAACAAUUAAAGUCGACGCUGAUCAAUCAGAUCUGAGGUUUUGCUUUAGGAUCAUUUCACCUACAAAAAACUACACGUUGCAGGCUGAGAGUGCACUCGAUCAAAUGGAUUGGAUAGAAAAGAUCACAGGGGUUAUUGCAUCACUACUUAGUUCUCAGGUCCCUGAACAGCGUCUUCCUGGUAGUCCCAUGGGAAGUGGUCACCAUCGAUCUGCUAGUGAAAGUAGCUCAUAUGAAAGUUCUGAAUAUGACCAUCCUACUACUGAAGAAUUCGUAUGUGAGAGGAGCUUUUUGGGGUACCAUGAAAGGCCAUCAAGAAGUUUUCAGCCGCAACGGUCCAUUAGGAAGGGUGAGAAGCCCAUUGAUGCUCUGCGAAAGGUCUGUGGGAAUGACAAAUGUGCGGAUUGUGGAGCUCCAGAACCAGACUGGGCUUCUUUAAAUCUGGGGGUUCUUGUCUGUAUCGAAUGUUCUGGUGUUCACCGUAAUCUUGGUGUGCAUAUAUCUAAGGUUAGGUCACUCACUCUCGACGUGAAAGUAUGGGAGCCAUCUGUUAUAAGUUUGUUCCAAGCUCUUGGAAAUACUUUCGCAAACACAGUUUGGGAGGAAUUGCUUCAUUCAAGGAGCGCCUUCCAUGUGGACCCAGGCUUAACAGGGUCUGAUAAAUCCAGGGUGAUGGUCACUGGAAAACCCAGCUAUGCUGAUAUGAUAUCUAUCAAGGAGAAGUAUAUACAAGCUAAGUAUGCGGAGAAGCUAUUUGUUCGGAGAUCAAGAGACUGUGAUUUCCCACAAUCAGUUGCACAACAAAUGUGGGACGCAGUGAGUGGCAAUGAUAAAAAAGCUGUUUACCGGCUUAUUGUCAAUGGUGAUGCGGAUGUGAAUUCUGUGUAUGACCAAUCAUCUUCCAGCUCUUCAUUAACACUAUCCAGAGUAAUAUUAGUACCAGAAAGGCCAAAGCGUGAGGAUGUUCUACUCAGAUUAAGAAAUGAGUUACUUGAUAGAACAGGUACUUCUUCAAAUAUUUCUCCUGAGGGAAGCGGAGGUUCCUCUCUGCUUCACUGUGCUUAUGAGAAGGCAGACAUUGGGAUGGUAGAGCUUUUGCUACAAUAUGGUGCAAAUGUAAAUGCCUCAGAUUCAAGUGGUCAAACGCCGCUGCACUGUUGUCUACUCAGAGGCAAAGCGACAAUAGCAAGAUUGCUACUCACUAGGGGAGCAGACCCGGAAGCUAUGAACGGAGAAGGCAAAACCGCUCUUGAUAUCGCUGCAGAAUCGAAAUUUACUGAUCCAGAAGUCCUCGCUCUCCUUUCAGACGCAAACGGCAUCGUUUCAGGGAUUUUAACCGGGUUGGUUUCUGCUUUGGUGUUAGCUUUCUUGGUUCGUAGCAUUGUCAAAUACAUGAAACAGACGCCAAUUCUCAAAGGUCCUGUGGUGUUUUCUCCUAAGAUCACUCCUAAAUCUCUUCACGCAGCUCUCGGUAAUGGUAUUCAGUUGCUUGGCUCAGACCCUAAUGGUAAAUACUAUAAGAUGGUACUUGAUAAUGGUCUAGUGGUUGCAGUCAAGAGACUAGGCUCACUUGAAGGAAUUGGUUCACCAGAAAGUAGUAGUAGCAAGUCGGUUAAGAGAAGGUUGCAGAAGGAACUUGAGCUUCUUGCUGGGUCAAGGCAUAGGAACCUUAUGAGUUUACGAGCUUAUGUUCGCGAAUCCGAUGAGUUCUCUCUCGUCUAUGAUUAUAUGCCGAAUGGUAGCCUUGAGGAUGUGAUGCAUAAGGUUAGAACGAAAGAGGUAGAGCUUGGAUGGGAGAUUAGGCUUAGAGUUGCAGUUGGAAUUGUGAAAGGGCUUCAGUAUCUUCAUUUCAGUUGUGAGACACAGAUUCUUCAUUAUAACUUGAAACCUACAAAUGUGAUGUUGGAUUCUGAGUUUGAGCCUCGGCUUGCUGAUUGCGGAUUGGCUAAGAUCAUGCCUAGUUCUCACACAGCGGUAUCUUGCUACUCUGCUCCUGAGUCUUCUCAAAGUAACAGAUACACAGACAAAAGCGACAUAUUCAGCUUCGGGAUGAUAUUGGGUGUUCUUUUAACCGGAAGAGACCCGACCCACCCGUUCUGUGAAGAGUCUGCAAGCGGAGGCAGCUUAGGACAGUGGCUGAAACAUUUACAACAAUCCGGGGAAGCACGAGAAGCAUUAGAUAAGACUAUUCUAGGAGAGGAAGUGGAGGAAGACGAGAUGUUAAUGGCUUUAAGAAUCACCAUUAUCUGCCUUUCUGACUUUCCGGCAGACCGGCCUUCAAGUGAUGAGCUUGUCCACAUGCUUACACAACUGCACAGCUUUUAGCCCGAUGUACUUGUAUCAAAACCUGAAUGUAAAAACAAUUCAAACAUCUGCAGUUACAUCACUAUAUUCCUUUUUCUUUAUCCUUGCGAGUUACUGGUUAAACUUUGAUCGCGCAAAUGGUACAAAAAAAUUGGUCUUACAAC